UUGAAAGCCUCUCGCAGGCACAGCCAGCCCUCCAUUUCGUUGUCGGCAUGUCAACCCUCCCUCCCUCCCUCCCUCCCUCCCUCUCUCUUUCUCCCGUGCACUCCAUCAGCCAUACUUUCUCGCUCUAAAAAUGGGAGCCGGGCAGUGAGGACGAAGAACAGGAACCAGGUGCCCUUCACCCAUUAGCUAGCCGACGAGGUGAUUUCUGAACCAGGAGCACCACAUUCCACAGGAAUGGAGCAGUACGAGGUGUUAGAGCAGAUUGGCAAGGGUUCAUUUGGGUCUGCGCUCCUGGUGAGGCACAAAGUUGAGAAGAAGAGGUAUGUCUUGAAGAAGAUCCGCCUCGCCCGCCAGACCAACCGGUGCCGCCGAUCAGCACACCAGGAGAUGGAGCUCAUUGCAAAAGUAAGGAACCCUUACAUUGUGGAGUACAAAGAGGCUUGGGUAGAGAAGGGUUGCUACGUGUGUAUUGUCAUCGGUUACUGCGAGGGAGGGGACAUGUCAGAUGCCAUUAAGAAGGCUAAGAGCAACCAUUUCUCAGAAGAGAGGCUUUGUAUGUGGCUUGUGCAGCUCCUGAUGGCACUUGAUUACUUGCAUGUCAAUCAUAUCCUGCAUCGCGAUGUCAAGUGCUCAAAUAUAUUUCUCACAAAGGACCAAAACAUACGGCUUGGUGAUUUUGGUCUUGCUAAAGUAUUGACUUCUGACGAUUUAGCUUGUUCAGUUGUGGGAACGCCAAGUUACAUGUGCCCUGAACUACUUGCUGACAUUCCAUAUGGUUCUAAGUCUGAUAUAUGGUCCCUUGGUUGCUGCAUCUAUGAGAUGGCUGCGUUAAGGCCUGCAUUUAAAGCAUUUGAUAUGCAAGCACUGAUAAACAAAAUUAACAAGUCUGUUUUAUCUCCUCUACCAACUAUGUACUCUGGUGCAUUUAGGGGACUCGUCAAAAGCAUGCUACGCAAAAGUCCAGAUCACAGACCAAGUGCUGCAGAACUGCUUAAGCAUCCGCACCUUCAGCCCUACGUGUUUGAUCUCCAAUUGAAGUCAACUCUUUCUCGCAAUUUGUCCUCUGCUAAACUCCCUAACAAAUACAGCACAAAUAAGGCAGCGCUUCCCAAUGCUGAAGACAAUUGCAAACUCAAUUACAGAAAAAGCCAUUCAUUUAAACUAGAGAGGGCAGUAAAACUUGACCAAGUGAUUGAUACACAUGGUCCUCCUAGUUCUACCAGAACUGGGAAGGACUGUCCAGAAUUGCUGAGUGAACAAAUGGAGGGAUUGUCAAUCCAAGUUACCAAGAAUAUUGUUGAUGAAGUGAUACAUGAGAAGCAUUUAAAAGCUACAAGGCAUCCUGCUCCUACUCCAAGAAGGUCGUCAUCAACACCUAGAAGACGACUAGAACCUUCAAAGACAUUUCAUACUACAACUACUCACAAGGAGCCUCCACCGUCAAGGUCUUCACCCGACCAAAUGGGUCAACUUACACGACGAGAAUCACUACCCAUGCAUAUGAUCAAAACUCCUGAAAAGCAGCAGGCCACCAACAUUAUCACCAGAUUGAAAUCUCCUGAUGUUUCAGUGAACUCUCCUCGAAUCGACAGAAUGGCUGAAUUCCCACUGGCAUCCUUUGAAAACCCAUUACAUCGCAUCACGAAGCUGACACCACCAUCUAUCAUCGACCAGUCUAUCACCAAGGACAAGUGCACUUUCCAAGUGCUCCGAAGCGACAGCGAAAACUACUCUGAGUCUCCUGACAUUGACCUUCUUGGUGCUGACAAUUCACCCAGAAGCUCAUCAGAUUGGAGGCAGAAGAGGUUCGACACAAGGUCUUACCAGCAGAGAGCUGAAGCUCUGGAGGGCCUGCUUGAGUUCAGUGCACAGCUGCUGCAGCAGGAGAGAUUUGAGGAGCUUGGGAUCUUGCUGAAGCCUUUCGGACCCGGUACGGCAUCUCCAAGAGAGACAGCCAUAUGGUUGUCCAGGAGUUUGAAAGAAGUUGGAUUCUAACCAGAGGCCUGUAAGUGCAAGACUAAACCUGCAACAACUUUGAACCUUAACAAGCUUCAGGCCAUCCUGUACAGUUUAAGUUUUUUUUAUGUGUGCUUUCACUCUGCCCAAAAAAAAAAGAUCUGUGUGCUUUCACCCUGAACUGGUCUUUAUUGAACACUACAUAUAUUUGACGACAUUCUUUUUUUGACCUGUAAUAGCAUAUUAGGUGAAUUUAUCAGUCAGAUGAAAUACCUUAAGAGGCUUAGAUGCCAGUGACAUUGUACCCCAAUUCGCGAAACUGUGUUAUUGUAUUUUGUAAUUCCAGCAAGUUGACAUCUGGAGAGCCAUCUCUAUAUGGCGUGACA